AUGUGUCGGAGAACAAUUAACACAUAUAGGUUCAUUGUGAUGAAUCAUUCCAUGAAGAGAAGUACUUGGACAUGCCUAUUGAAGAAAUUGCUGAUAAUAUCAAAUCACAUGAUCUCUCCAGCCAAUGAGGAACUGCUUCCUGAUGACGUCAUCAAGAUGGUUGCCGAGACGUUGAUGGUGACGUUCGUGCGUGCGUGCCUGCUGUCUCAGGUGUCCGUGGGGGUGUGGGACAUGAUGUUGUCGACCAUGAAGUCGCUGCUGUCUGUCAACCAAGUCAUGCAGCAGUGGGCUUCUGCGUUGGACAUGUUGACGAAGACGUUAGCAUUUGUGGUCUACAAAGUCGAUUUAGCGGCGUUGAGCAGCGAGUCCACGAAAGGUGAGAAUGGUGUAAAUGAGAGCAAGAUGCGAUUCAAAAAAAGUAUGAAAAGAACUGCCAGACAACAGCAUGCAAAAACAGCUGAUUGUUCUUCAUCAUCUUUGACAUCAUCUUUAUCAUCAUCGGGUGCCGAAUGCAACAGGCACAGCGUCAUAUCUGCCUCAUCUGUCUUUGACGUUGAUUGUACAUUUUCCCCUGACGAAGUCAAUCAACUAACCAACUUCAUGUUAAACAACAACAAUAACAACAGCAGCGGCAACGAUAGCAACAGCAGCACUCUUAAUGGCUGCAAUGAAGGAGUACGUAUGGACGGCAACGACGACACAAACAUCGUCGACAUCAACAAGGUUCAUCAGACGAAUUCACUUGAUGCUAAUCUGAUCUCAAACGAUGUGAGGAAGAACAUUCGGCACGAUGAUAAUGGUGGUGAUGACGACGACAAGGGAGAGUUAGUUGGUGAUGUAAGUUACUCAGAUAGUGACCUAACCAUCAGAUCAUCAUCCAACUUUUCCAUCAACGACAGUCACCAUCACAGUUACCACAUCCUUAAUGAUAUCAACGACUUUGACGAGUACACGAGUAAGACGGAUGAUGAUGCCCACAGUCGUGAUAAAGAUGACGGAGACACCUAUGUUGAUAGCAAUAGUGGUCCUGAUUCUUCUGUCGACCUCUCAAAAUGCAACGAUAAGGAUGACGAAAUGAGUGACGACUUGAGUGAUUUGAAGAGCUGCUUUCCAUCCCUCCAAUCAGAUACCAGUACAGUUACAUCAACUAACAUCAGCAACAACAACAUCAGUAACAUCGACAACAACAACAUCCUCAGUGACAUCAGCAACGUCAACAACAACAUCAUCAACAACAUCAUCAACAACAACAUCAUCAUCAACAACAUCAUCAACAACUAA